AUGAAAGGUCUCUUGGCACUGAGGAGAAUUCAACAUCGGCUGUACACAGAUUUCGACGCCUUAUGCCGCAUGAUACUCGGACAUGCACCUCCACCAGCACUUUCUUUUGCGAGUCCUGCGGAAACACUUAAACCGUCCACUCCGGCUCUGACAAAUGUUCAACGGCUUUUUGGAGACUCUAUUCUUUGGGCAGUGCCCAAACACAGGCGUACAGUUGAGAAAAGACUAAAACGCAAAUUUGGUUGUAUCGAUGAUUUUUAUAAAAUGCUAAUACCUCGCACAGAUUUACUCACAUGUAACCAAUGCGGUCAUAGUUAUCAGAGACGCCAUUUGUGUCCAAAUUGUUACAAGAGGGUUAAGGAUGAAACCACAGAGUUUCAGGAAGUGAUUGAAAAAGAGUUAGGCUUAGAACCUAUUGAACAGGAAGUAGUGGUUCUUUAUAAAGGAGAGAAAACCAAGCAACCAGUAGAAGAACAUUGGAAAGGUAAAAGAAUCAUUGAACUUAAAAGAGAAAAACCGUCUUGGUUCUGUAGAAACUUAUUACAAAGGACUACUAUUGGCAACUCUGAUUCAAAAGACGUACAACCAUCAGAAUUAGCUUAA